AUGGCCUUCAACUUCUCCAAAGACAAUCUCCCGAAACAACUCUUUAUAAACAACGAAUAUGUUGAGUCCAAGAACAGCGCCAAGCUUACCCUCAACAACCCCAAAGAUGGCUCCCUCGUGGCGGACGAUGUUGCUCUAGCCGGCGAGCAGGAUGUUGACGCCGCCGUCGCCGCAGCCGAGAAGGCCUUCCCCGCAUGGAAGAAGAUGGCGCCGACCCAGCGGCGAGACAUCAUGAUGAAGCUUGCGAGCUUGAUCGAAGAGAAUGGCAAAGCGCUGGCAGAGCUGACCAGGAUAACGCUGGGGGCGCCCUAUGGAAGCUUUGGGGCCUUUGAGACGGGUUUGGCUGCAGAGGCCUUCAAGUACAAUGCUGGCUGGAUUGACAAGUUCGCCGGCCAGUCCUUCCCACAGGAGGACGGCUUCCUCAAGAUCGUGCGCAACGAGCCCUUGGGUGUGACGGCCGGCAUAGUUCCCUGGAAUGGUCCCCUAGGUACCGUUGGUCUGAAGGCAGCACCCGCUCUGGCAACAGGCAACUGCUUCAUCCUCAAGCCCUCCGAGAAGACGCCAUUUGCCUCCCUCGCUCUUGGUCCGUUGAUCAAAGAAGCCGGAUUCCCGCCGGGCGUAUUCCAAGUGCUGUCAGGCGAUGGUAGCACCGGCGCGCUGCUGGCUAGCCAUAUGAAGAUCCGGAAGGUCUCAUUCACGGGCUCUAUACCCACGGGCAAGAAGAUCCAGGAGAUGGCCGCGAAGUCAAACCUAAAGCGCGUGACCCUGGAGCUGGGCGGCAAAUCCCCUGCCGUGGUCUUCGAUGACUGCAAUCUCGAGAACGCGGUUACUUGGACCGCGAACGCCAUUACUGCCAAUACGGGGCAGGUAUGCUUCGCCGCAUCGAGAGUCUACGUGCAGGAGGGGAUCUACGACAAGUUCAUCGAGGGUUAUAAGAAGGCGAUGCAGGAUAAGGCGAAGGUGAUUGGAGACCCGGAUGACGAAGGGACAGUUCUGGGACCAUUGGUGGACGAGGCGCAGUUCAAGCGUGUCAGCGGAUUCAUCGAGAGGGGCCAGAAGGGCCAGGGGAAAUUGUUGACCGGAGGCAGUAGAGUUGGUGAUAAGGGCUUCUACAUCGAGCCAACCGUCUUCACAGACGUCGAUAUCAACUCCGAGAUCCACAACCAAGAGAUUUUCGGCCCCGUCUCCGUGGUCAGAUCUUUCAAGACGGAAGAGGAGAUCAUCGCGCUGUCGAACAGCACCAGUUUCGGUCUCAUGGCAGGCGUCUUCACCCAGGAUAUCAACAAGGCACUGCGGGUAGCCUCGGACUUCGACAGCGGUAUGGUCGGUGUCAACUGCGUUAGUCUUAUGAUGAUGACCGCACCGUUCGGUGGCAGCAAGGAGAGCGGAAUUGGAAGGGAAUGCGGCGAGUAUGCGCUGAGGGCGUUUACUGAGCCCAAGACUAUCAUGAUCAAUCUGACGUACUGA